AUGGCCACAUGGGGCAGGCCCAGCCCCCAGCUGCAUCAGGAGGCUGAGCCAGCUGCGGAGGGGGACCCACGUCUGCCCACGGGCCGGGAGCUGUCCGAGGCCAACCGCUUUGCCUAUGCUGCCCUCUGUGGCAUAUCCCUGUCCCAGCUAUUUCCAGAACCUGAGCAAAGCUCCUUCUGCAUAGAGUUUGUGACGGGCCUGGCCAAGUGGCUGGAGUUGUCCGAAGCCGUCCUGCCAACCAUGACUGCGUUUGCCAGCGGCCUGGGAGGCGAAGGAGCUGACAUGUUUGCUCAGAUCUUAACGAAGGACCCCGUCUUGAAGGACGACCCCUUGGUGAUCACCCAGGACCUGCUGAGCUUCUCCCUCAAGGACGGGCGAUACGAUGCUCGGGCCCGGGUCCUCAUCUGCCACGUGACCUUCCUCCUCCGCCUGCCUUUAGGGGAGCUGGAUCUCCUGGAAGAGACGUUCCUUGAGAGCCUGAAGGAAACCGAAGAGGAGGAAUCUGAAACGGCUGAGGCAUCCAGGAAGAAGAAAGAAAACCGGAGGAAAUGGAAGCGCUAUCUCCUGAUAGGCCUGGCGACCGUCGGAGGCGGGACAGUGAUCGGAGUGACCGGGGGUCUGGCUGCCCCUCUUAUUGCCGCAGGGGCCGCCACAAUCAUUGGCAGCGCUGGGGCAGCGGCUCUGGGCUCAGUGGCCGGCAUAGCUGUCAUGACGUCGCUGUUCGGUGCAGCUGGAGCUAGUCUGACAGGAUACAAGAUGAAGAAGCGUGUCGGGGCCAUUGAGGAGUUCACAUUCCUGCCUCUGACGGAAGGCAGGCAGCUGCACAUCACCAUCGCCAUCACAGGGUGGCUGGCGUCCGGCAAAUACCGCACCUUCAGCGCUCCGUGGGGUGCCCUGGCACGCAGCUGCGAGCAGUACUGCCUAGCCUGGGAGGCCAAGUACCUGAUGGAGCUCGGCAAUGCCCUGGAGACCAUCCUCAGUGGUCUUGCAAACAUCGUGGCCCAGGAGGCCCUGAAGUACACAGUGUUGUCUGGCAUUACGGCUGCCCUGACCUGGCCGGCCUCACUCCUCUCUGUCGCCAACAUCAUCGACAACCCCUGGGGAGUCUGUCUCCAUCGGUCAGCAGAGGUUGGCAAGCACCUGGCCCACGUCCUGCUAUCCCGGCAGCAGGGCCGGCGGCCUGUCACUUUGAUUGGCUUCAGCCUGGGAGCCAGAGUCAUCUACUUCUGCCUGCAUGAGAUGGCGCAGGAGAAAGAUUGCCAGGGGAUCGUGGAGGACGUGGUGCUGCUGGGCGCGCCCGUGGAGGGAGAAGCCAAGCACUGGGAGCCUUUCCGGAAGGUGGUGUCCGGCAGGAUCAUCAAUGGCUACAGCAGGGGGGACUGGCUGCUGAGCUUCGUGUACCGCACGUCCUCGGCGCAGCUCCAGGUGGCCGGCCUGCAGCCCGUGCUGCUGCAGGACAGGAGGAUGGAGAAUGUGGACCUGUCCUACGUGGUCAGCGGCCACUUGGACUAUGGCAAGCAGAUGGAUGUCAUCCUGAAGGCCGUGGGCAUCCCCACCAAGCCAGGCUGGGACGAAAAGGGGCUUACGAUGGCCCCGGGCAACGUGCCCCAAGAGGAGCCUCACCAGGCGGCAACCGCCGCCUCAUCGGACAAGACCAGCGACCAGGAUGGGCAAACUCAGGGUUCCACACUCAGAGACGCCUCCCAGGUACCCACAUCCGCUGACCCCAGCCAACCCCAGGUGCCAACGGGGCUGGACCAACCCGAAGGGGCCUCCCUUCCUGCUGCUGUUGCCUGCCCCGCGGAGAACCCCCAGACCUGCAGCCAUGGUGUGAGCCCCAACUCACUGGGCUGCCCCAGUUGUGCCAGCGAGACCCAGGGACCCAGCCCGGGGCUGGAUUGA